AUGCACCGAUUUAUUUUCUUUAUUCUUUGUUUCGCUAUUAUACAUUUAAAUUACGCAUGCUAUAUAACCAAUUGUCCUAUCGGUGGCAAACGAAACUUACAAUUUGACAAUAAUUUACGUAGUCAUCAAUGUCCGCAAUGUGGACUAACUGGUCAAUGUUUUGGUCCAUCAAUUUGUUGUACUAGCUUAGCUUGUCGUAUUGGACAUCAAUCUGAUAUUCGUCAAUGCUCAAUGGAAAACCGUCAUGUCAUACCAUGUGAAAUUAAGACUCCAAUCUGCUCAGCUGUACCAAAUGGUCGAUGUGCUGCUAAUGGAGUAUGCUGUGGUACAGAAUCAUGUCAAAUGGAUAAAAAUUGUAUAAUGGUAUCAAAUCAGGAAAGUGACAGUUCACGUGAAGAACGACUAUCACAACCAGAAAUCAUACUUUUUGAAUGA